GCGCCAGGGCGGCCACGGAGAAACGUGACACACCAGCCCGCUCGGAGGAGUUUCGGACAGAAGAGAAGGAGCAGCGCCGCGUCGUCCGCCUCCCAGCGCGCCGCGGGCACUUCUCCCGGGCCUCGCCGAACUCUCCCGCGACCUCUGCGCACCCUCGGGCCGCCCUCCCCGCCGGGCUCCGGACAACUUCAGGGGUGGGGUGCAAAGAAAGUUUGCGGCUGCUGCCGCCGGCCUCCCGCCUCUCGGCCUAGGAGGCUCGCCGCCCGCACCCGCUCGCUCGGCCUUGCCAGGGACCGCGUCCUGCCCAGAGCCCGCCAACAUGAACAAGCUUUACAUCGGCAACCUCAACGAGAGCGUGACCCCCGCGGACUUGGAGAAAGUGUUUGCGGAGCAUAAGAUCUCCUACAGCGGCCAGUUCUUGGUCAAAUCCGGCUAUGCCUUCGUGGACUGCCCCGACGAGCACUGGGCGAUGAAGGCCAUCGAAACUUUCUCGGGGAAAGUGGAACUCCAAGGAAAACGCCUAGAGAUUGAACACUCGGUCCCCAAAAAACAAAGGAGUCGGAAAAUUCAGAUCCGAAAUAUUCCACCCCAGCUUCGAUGGGAAGUUCUGGACAGCCUCCUGGCUCAGUAUGGUACAGUAGAGAACUGCGAGCAAGUGAACACCGAGAGUGAGACGGCAGUGGUGAAUGUCACCUAUUCCAACCGGGAACAGACCAGGCAAGCCAUCAUGAAGCUGAACGGCCACCAGCUAGAGAACCACGCCUUGAAGGUCUCCUACAUUCCUGAUGAGCAGAUAGCACAGGGUCCUGAGAAUGGGCGCCGAGGAGGCUUUGGCUCUCGAGGUCAGCCCCGCCAGGGCUCGCCUGUGGCAGCAGGAGCCCCAGCCAAGCAGCAACAAGUGGACAUACCCUUGCGGCUCCUGGUGCCCACCCAGUAUGUGGGUGCCAUCAUUGGCAAGGAGGGCGCCACCAUCCGCAAUAUCACAAAACAGACCCAGUCCAAGAUAGACGUGCACAGGAAGGAGAAUGCAGGUGCUGCGGAGAAGGCCAUCAGCGUUCACUCGACCCCCGAGGGCUGCUCCUCCGCCUGUAAGAUGAUCUUGGAGAUUAUGCAUAAGGAGGCAAAGGACACCAAAACGGCUGACGAGGUUCCCCUGAAGAUCCUGGCCCAUAAUAACUUCGUGGGGCGGCUCAUUGGCAAGGAAGGGCGCAACCUGAAGAAGGUGGAGCAGGACACGGAGACGAAAAUCACCAUCUCCUCGCUGCAGGACCUCACCCUCUAUAACCCCGAGAGGACCAUCACUGUGAAGGGGGCCAUCGAGAACUGCUGCAGGGCCGAGCAGGAGAUCAUGAAGAAAGUUCGGGAGGCCUAUGAGAAUGACGUGGCUGCCAUGAGUCUGCAGUCUCAUCUCAUCCCCGGCCUGAACUUGGCUGCGGUAGGUCUCUUCCCAGCCUCAUCUAGUGCAGUCCCACCACCUCCCAGCAGCGUCACCGGAGCUGCUCCCUACAGCUCCUUCAUGCAGGCUCCGGAGCAGGAGAUGGUGCAAGUCUUUAUUCCUGCCCAGGCGGUGGGCGCCAUCAUUGGCAAGAAGGGGCAGCACAUCAAACAGCUCUCCCGUUUCGCCAGCGCCUCCAUCAAGAUUGCUCCUCCCGAAACUCCCGACUCCAAAGUUCGUAUGGUCAUCAUCACUGGACCCCCAGAAGCCCAAUUCAAGGCUCAGGGAAGAAUUUACGGAAAACUCAAGGAGGAGAACUUCUUUGGUCCCAAGGAGGAGGUAAAGCUGGAGACCCACAUCCGUGUGCCAGCAUCAGCAGCCGGCCGGGUCAUUGGCAAAGGUGGCAAAACGGUGAAUGAGUUGCAGAAUUUGACAGCAGCUGAGGUGGUGGUGCCAAGAGACCAGACCCCUGAUGAGAACGACCAGGUCAUCGUCAAGAUCAUUGGGCAUUUCUAUGCCAGCCAGAUGGCUCAGCGGAAAAUCCGAGACAUCCUGGCCCAAGUUAAACAGCUGCACCAAAAGGGACAAAGUAACCAGGCCCAGGCGCGGAGGAAGUGACCAGCCCCUUUCCAUCACGUCGACUCAAGGACCAUGGGCUGAAGUCGAGAGCGCGUUCUCCCCAGCAGGCCUGAGAAUGAGUGGGAAUCAGGGACCCUCGGGCUGGGAUGGAGAUCAGGUUUGCCCACUUGCUUGAGAAUGAUGUUCCAGUGAGGAACCCUGAUCUCUUGGCCCCAAACACCAAACCAAUUGGCCCAAGACUGCCCACCCCUCAGGGUGUCACCAUGGAAGUUCUAGCACAGGGUGCUUUUAAACGUGGAUUGUUUAAGUUCUCCAGGUCCCACCGAGAGGGUGGGUCAGACCCCAGUGGGAAGAGAAAUAAAAUUUCCUUCAGGUUUUUAAAACGUGCAGAGGGGUGUUUUAGUCAGCCUCAAAGGAUGGUUUGCUUCUUGACCCUAAAAUCCUUCCAGCCUUCUAUGACUUGGUUUAUUGAUUAAAAUACCUCUAUUCUUGUGUCCUGACAUAGCCUCUUCCUAUAUUCACACUAAUUAUUUUAUCUUUACUGCUACCAGAAAAGGUGGGAACCAAUGCAUUGCUUUGCUUACAUUAUUGACUCAAAGGGAGAAGACACAUCUGCAUCUGUAGUUUAAUUCCAUUUCCUCCCUAACCAAACAAUAGGAACAGCAAGGAGUGAAGAAUGGGAGAGAAUGGGGAGAAAGAUGAUUAAAUAUAUAGUAAUCCACGUUUAAAAGGAGUGCCCUUGUGGCUGAUCUAUUCCAGAUCACCAUGAUGAAAAAUUGGAACAAUUAAAAUUUCCCCCACCCUGCUGGGGCCUCCCCACCCCACUCAUGUCCCUCUAACUGUAUAGGUCCCAUAUCAUGUCCAGGUGCACGUGGGUGGUACUGAAUGCUCAGCGGGAUAGGGGCCAACCACUGUUCUGUCCCUGAUUCCCACCAUUCUCAGGCAGAUUUUAUAUUUUUUUAAAGUCUAUUUUAAUGAUUGGAUAUGAGCACUGGGAAGGGGACACUAACUCCCCUUGAUAAAGUCUCAGUUCCAUGGAGGACUUGAGUGGCCCCAAAGGCUGCCACUGUGCCCUCACCCCAGCCCAUGUGCUCUCAUAAGGGCUGGUUCCCAGAGGCAGGGGUUGCGGGGCACUCCCCCCCACGGCACUGUUCCCUUGGUGGUGGUGGGAUGUGGAACCCAACCCUGAGCUCCCGAUAAAGCUAAAGUCCAUCAUCUGGCAUAUAUUAUGAAUAGUCAGUAAAUUGGAGAGUAUUUGCUUCUGUUUUUAUCCUAGAGGCAUAUGUAACUGAUGGCUCCUGCCUCCGUGAAUCAUGGGCAUGAUGAAAGAUGUGCCUAAAAAACAAAAUUCAAAAUACCAGCAGCCUUAUGCACAAAGGGG